AUGCAGGCCUUGUUGGAAGAAAACAAUCCCGACCGUAUACUCUUGGGACUGGUGACACCUCAAAUCGGGGACGAUUUCAUCGAAAAUGCAGACGACCAGACCUUCGCACGUGCCAUCUGCGCGUUGGAUCCCGAGCAUUUUAUUGUUCCUUAUGGAAAGCUAUUCCGCUACUUGAAGCCGAGUCUAGAGACGCAGCCGAAGUUUCGAAUAGUCAGAUCACUGGAAGAGCGUGUGGCCACUUUUAUCAAUAUCCUUGAUUCCCUGGUCACUCAGCGACAAAAACAUGGCCAUUCCCUAGGUCUCGACGUAUAUCGUCAUCUCUUACGGUGUACAGCCGCAGCUGGGGUGGGAUCGUUUGCCAGGAAUGUGUUUCGCAAAGCCAUGAGAGAGGACGCUGUUGAACCUGAUUUGGACUGUUACAACUACUUCAUGGAGGCCCUAACCUGGAACGAGGCAUAUAAUAGACAUGAACGAUAUCGACUACGGAUAGUCCGGCAUAACAUGUUUCGUCGAUCAUUGGAGACCAGACCGCUCGGAUUCUUUGGCCACGGAGUCGCAUCACCCAAAAAUCCCAAAAGUGAACAGUCCAUCAGGCUGGAAACUCUGGGCAUCUUUAACGAGCUCGUGAACCAAGGGCUGAACGGUAAUGAGGCAACAUUCUGCAAUCUUAUGGUCGCGAUGGGCCGCGAAGGAGACCUAGGCAGCGUCAAGAGCGUUCUCAAGUCCGCUUGGAAUAUUGAUGUUGACGCUCUGGACAAGUACGACGAGGAGGAGUUGGAGAGUCCCACAUUUUAUGAAGAGGGCUCACCUCUUCGACCUUCUGCACGGCUGUUAUUUACGGUAGUUCAUGUUUUCGGCACGAACAAUGAAGUCGCACUGGGAGGCAUGCUCCUUGACUACAUCUCGCGCAAUUACAACCUGGAUAUUCCGGAAUAUAUCUGGACCCAUUUACUGGAGUGGACCUUUGUUCUAUCAAUCCAACACAGUAAGGCGCGGAUCGAGAGAGGACACGGUGAGGGUCGCAUUGCACGAAGGGCGGUCGAGUCAGUCUAUCACGUCUUCCAUAACGAACCGUACAACGUCCAGCCGAAAAUCGAGGAUCUGAUAUUUCGGGUCAAAGCCAGAUCCGAAGCGAGGAAGCUCUACAAGGCUGUCGAAGACCUUCGCCAGUGUAUGGUCCUGCUCGAGGAAGAACGAACCCGCCUCUCCGAAAUGUAUGACCAAAUCCGAAGCCUCCUUGAAGACGCCGACUACCAUUACAUCUUCUACGACGGCUUACCUUCUGCUUCAUUCCUCGAUCUAAAGCACAAGUAUGUGCUUGCUUCCCUUCAGCUGGAAUGCCACAUCCAACUCAUCUCUAUUGCUGUGCGCAACACCAUCAAGCGAAAAGAUUGGACAUCACAUGACGAAGGCACAGACUGGCCGUACCGAGGUAUCCCCAAUAUCAUCGCGGAGUGGACAGACUGGUUACCAAAUAUCAUCCCCUACUACACACCCACUGGUCACGUGUGUAUUUGGGGAAGGGAAUCGCGGCACGCGGCCAUUCAGAGCGCGAAUUCCCUCCAAACGACAAGGACAGGCACAAUGCGCAUGCUGCUCGACUCUUAUUCCCCAACUCGCCUCCGCCAUGCCGCUGGGUUCAUUCAUCGCGGGCCUACCGGGAACGCUCUGACCAAAUUUCAAGACGAAGUUCGCGGCGAUUCCUCGGGCCGCCUGAGUGAUUGGGUACUCCGAUUCGAGGCGGCUGUCCGUCAAGAAAGGUUGAGUGAUCGUCAGGUCGUGGGCGCGCAGGUACCCGGUCCGGAUCAGAAGAGCGAGGAUUGGAGGCCUUGGGGUGGAAUCGUGGGGAAAGGCAAGAGAGAGCGCGGGCGUCGGAAAAGUCGCUCAGCGACGAGGGACGAUGAGGGUGAGGGCGAAGACGAAGAAGGGGAAAGGCAGACGGAGUGA